AUGGCUUUCCCCAAGAUUUUCUUCCUUCUGUUUUCGGUGGCAGUGCUAUCACUUUCAAGCGUCCGUAUGAGCCAAGCAGCUCGCCACCUUUUGGACACGCCAGCAGCUCCACCGCCAGCACUACCCGUCCCUACCAUCCCAUCUCUGCCGAAGACCACAUUGCCGCCGUUGCCUUCGGUGCCAACUCUUCCCAAGACGACAUUGCCUCCGUUGCCUUCAUUGCCAACACAGCCCAAGACCACAUUGCCUCCGCUGCCUUCAUUGCCAACACAGCCCAAGGCCACCUUGCCACCCCUGCCCUCUAACCCAUUGCCUACUCGUCCAACUGCUCUUCCUCCAAUGCCAAGCUCUCAAAUUCCAUCUUUGCCAAAAUCAGCAAUGCCCACUCUUCCCACAACACUACCUCCAUUGCCAGCCAACCCACUGCCAUCAUUUCCCACAACAAUCCCUUCAAUCCCAACUAUUCCAUCAACUAUUCCAAGCAUUCCAUUCCUCUCCCCACCCCCAUCAAACUAA